AAUUUGCAAUAUUGAUCAUCAACAAUCAAAUCUACAAAAUGACUACUGUUCAAGUGAAUCACCCCAAGUCUAGUUUUAGAAAGUUGUUUGAGAAUUUAGAUGAGUUUUUUGAAUACGAAAAUAGAGAUAAAUGGAUAGAAGAUAUGAGAGCUAGCAUAAGUUUAACAGCUUCCAUAAUAGCAACCAUGACAUUUUCACUCGCCACUAAUCCACCUGGCGGCGUCGUGCAAACUAGUCCUGGUGAUGUAGAUCUUCUUGAUGAAAAACGUAGACAUUGUUUGGUAUCGAAUGUCACCACCGGACUUCGUUUAUGCCUCGGAGAAGCUGUCUUGGGUUCUAUAGAGUCCGGUGGUUAUGUACCAUUUUUGGUAUGUAAUACACUUUGUUUCAUUUCAGCACUUAGUGUUAUUUUCUUGCUUGUUAGUGGAAUUCCUAUGAACAAUACAUUUACAAUAUGGCUUUUAUCAACAUGCAUGUGCUUCACACUCACAUUCCUAGCUCUUACUUAUAUGUUUGCUGCAAUAAUGACCACACCUAAUUCCAUUUGGAGUUCUUAUAAGAGUGUGUUUGCAAUUGCUCUUAUUGCUUGGAUUUCCAUAGUUGUAAUUGUUCAUGGUUUUCACAUUCUUCGCUUCUUUGUGAGGCACUAUUAUAAAUGGUACAAAUGAUGAGUAACUUAUUGGUAGCAAUCAAAAUUAAUAGUCAAUUCCCAGUGGUUUCAUAAUUAAUGUAUCAUAAUAAUAUGUUUCUUAUCAAUAUUCGUCAAAAUAAGUAUCAAUUACAUGUAAUUUGUAUUUGUUGUAAUUUGAUUUUUGCAUUAAGUUGAAAUACUCCUUGUACUUUAUUUAAUUCAGUUUGUUUAUAAUAAAAUUAUCGUGUUCUAUUA